UUGAAACUUUCAGUUAAUUCUCUUUUCGAUCUUCAAAAUAAUGUCUCAAAUAGACCAGUUUCAACACCUCAAAAUACCACUGGAAGUUAUACAGUCAGCAACCGGCAACUUUUCCGCUGACAGUUGCAUCGGGCGUGGAGGUUUCGGAAAAGUAUACAAGGGACAACUUGUUCAUUCUAGGGGCGAGAUCAUGGUUGCUUUGAAGCGUUUAGAUCCUGCGUUCGGACAGGGAAAUACCGAGUUCUGGAAGGAGAUUAUGAUGCUUUCAUUUUAUAAACAUGAAAACAUUAUCUCUCUUUUAGGGUAUUGUGACGAUCAUGGCGAGAAAAUCAUUGUGUACGAGUAUGCAUCAAAGAAAAGUCUCGAAGCUUAUCUGGCCAGCAACAAUCUUAACUGGGUUCAACGUCUUAAGAUAUGUGUUGGGGCGGCUCGUGGACUUGCGUACCUUCACAACCCUACUGAGAAUCAUCUAAGAAUAGUGCAUCGCGAUAUUAAAAGUUCCAAUAUCCUACUGGAUGAUAACUGGAGUGCCAAGAUUUCAGAUUUCGGCCUCUCCAAAUUUGCUCCCGCAAACAAUCAAUUCACAUUCCUGGUAACGGACCCUGCUGGCACGCCUGGGUAUAUUGAUCCGAUGUACUACGAGACAGGGCUACUAACGAAAGAGUCAGAUGUCUACUCUUUUGGCGUGGUGUUGUUUGAAGUGCUAUGUGGUAGGUUAUGUUAUGGUAACCAGAAUCUACAGCCUUUAGUUGGACAAGUGCGAGACUACUAUUUGGAAAACAAAAUCAGUGAGCUUGUUUAUAGUAAUAUGAAGGAUACAAUGGAUAUUACUAGUUUGAAUUUGUUUGCGGACAUAGCUUACCGAUGUUUAUGCAGAGAGCGUAAAGAGCGUCCAUUGAUGAUCGAGAUCGUGAAAGCACUUGAAAGUGCACUAGAAAUUCAAGAAAACGCAGAUGAAAAGGCAGCUGUUCGCCGAGAAGGAAUCUUGAUUGUGAAAGUAUUUAGCAGUACAGUUUAUUUUUGAUGCUAAAAAUCAUUACGUGAUACUCUAUGUAUCUCCCUUAACUGAUUAUCAUCCACUGGCCGUGAAAGCUGAAUGGAAUGAAGAGUCCACUCUGUAUGUGGAAAAUUUUGAUGGUCAAGAGUUAGUCAUACUUAUUAACAAAGUUGAAUCGCAAGAGAAACAUUGUCAUGUGGUAACUGCAAGAUAUAAAUUCAGUGAUCUCACUCCUGAAAUUAGAACGCCUUAUUUUCUU